AUGGUUGACGCAAAUCACUCUAUGAAGGAGAAUGUAGUUAAGGAUAGUAUUUCGGUCAACGGGUCUGAAACACCGAAGCGUGCAUCAUGGGGUAGUCCACUGGAAUUCAUUCUAGCGUGUUUGGGUUACGCGGUGGGUCUGGGCAAUGUCUGGAGAUUUCCGUAUCUAUGCUACAGGAAUGGCGGUGGUGCUUUUCUUAUUCCAUUCUUUCUGAUGAUCAUGAUAGUUGGCCUGCCAAUAUUCUACUUGGAGUUAUACGUUGGACAGUACACCGCUCUUGGUCCGUUGAAGGCGUUCCAGUCAAUUUCUCCGUUCUUCUCUGGGGUGGGAUACUGUGCCUUAAUGGUGGUCAGCAUGAUAUCUGUGUACUAUAUGAUAAUUGUUGCUUGGACCUUAUACUAUACUGUGGUGUCGAUAAUAGGCAACUUGGAAUGGGGAACAUGCUCGAACGAUUACAAUACUGAUUUUUGCUACAGUGGAGAAUACGACUCAAGAUGUAGGGAAAAUAACACUGGUGUCGCCGCAGACUUAACCUAUUAUAUGCGAAAAUGUAUGAGUAUUGAAGACAUCUGUAUAAUGACUGGAUACCAGCCAUAUAAUGAUAAAUACUGUAUGGACGGCUCUGAGACAGUACCUUGGUACACAAAUGCAACCAGGAUAUUGGCUUCGGAAGAGUAUUAUAAUCAGCGUGUGUUGGGAAUAGGAGACGCAACGUGGGAGAAUUGGGGAACCAUUCAGUGGCAUCUCGUCGGAUGUCUAUUCGGAUGUUGGGUUGUGGCUUUCCUCGUCGUUAUUAAGGGUGUACAGUCAGCGGGAAAAGUUGUAUAUUUCACCGCCUUGUUCCCGUAUGUAAUGUUGACGGCACUUCUAAUCAGAGGUGUAACAUUGGAUGGUGCUGGUGAAGGUAUACUAUUCUACCUGACUCCAAGAUGGGAAAACCUUCUCAGCGCACGUGUUUGGGGAGAUGCUGCUUCUCAGACAUUCUAUUCUUUCGGCGUUGCUUGCGGGUCUUUGGUGACUCUUGCAUCAUACAACAAAUUUACAAAUAACUGCCACUUCGAUGCUGUUUUUGUCUGUAUCGCGAAUUAUCUUACAUCGAUUUACGCUGGAUUCGUCAUUUUCUCAGUGCUGGGCUUCCAAGCUAAUAAGAUGGGAGUUAGCGUUGAUGAUGUCGCCCAAAGUGGACCCGGACUGGCGUUUGUUGUGUACCCAGAGGCUCUUCUACAGAUGCCGGUACCCCAGCUCUGGUGCAUCCUAUUUUUCUUUAUGCUGUUUAUUCUUGGGCUCGGAAGUCAGUUCGCGGGUAUAGAAGCAAUUAAUACAACGAUAGUUGAUCGAUGGCCAGUAUUGAGGAAAAGAUACUGGAUGGUAACGGCAUUUACGUGUUUCGUGUGUUUUCUAUUGGGGCUGCCGAUGUGUUUCAGCGGCGGUGUUUAUCUAUUUACCCUGCUUGAUUGGAACACAGCCUCAUGGGCAAUUCUCCUAAUAGGUAUUGCAGAGGUGACUGCCGUAUCUUGGAGCUAUGGUAUAAAUAGAGCUUUGCAAGAUCUGGAGACUAUGAAUAUGAAAUUCAAUAUUGUACUCAGACUAUUUUGGAAGGGUGUAUGGCUGGUUGCUGUGCCUUUUGUCAGUUUUGCUAUAUUAAUAUUUGUACUGGUGGAAUGGACGCCGCCUAGUUAUGGCAACUAUAAAUUUCCUUUGUUCGCUGAUAUUCUUGGAUGGGCUAUUGGAACAUCAACAAUUAUAUUUUUCCCUAUGGGCGUCGUGUGGGCUUUAUACAAAGGAUAUCGAGGAAUGGAUCUCUUCAGACCAACUUCUGACUGGAAGCCUGCUGUCUUACCAUCAGAAAGUGAAGCCAAUACUUAUGAUAACUUAGCAUAUCUUUAA